AUGUCUUCAAUGCGUAUGAAGGCAGCAAAAUGCCCAUCUGAUGAACUUGCUGUGACAAACUGUGCUCUCAUCAACCCAGAUGAUUUCCCUAGUGAUGUCAAGCAUAUAGAGGUUGCUACAGGACCAUCUCAGCAUUUCGUGUUUAGUAUUCGAUUUUAUAGCGGUGUGGAUCGUGGCACUGUCGGUUUCUCUGCCCCCCAACGAAAAUGGGCUACACUUUCCAUUGGUCAGCCAAUCGAUGUUAAACCUUUCAAACCUCAGAGUGCAGAAUGUUUGUGCAGUGUGACAUUAGAAGCGGACUUCAUGUUGAAAAAGACCACAUCCCUAGAGCCGUAUGACUCGGAACAAAUGGCGCGAGAUUUCCUCAUACAGUUUUCAAAUCAGGUGUUCACCGUCGGGCAACUGCUUGCCUUUUCAUUUCAGGAGAAAAAAGUUUUAUCGUUGAUCGUUAAGAAUCUUGAAGCUGUGGACGUGCAGGCUUUGGCUUCGGGCGCUAAUGCAGUUCCGCGUAGAGUUCGCAUGGGGAGGUUGCUCCCCGACGCGUGCAUACAAUUCGACAAGGCCGAAAACUCCUCCUUGAACCUAGUGGGAAAGGCGAAAGGGAAACAGCCGCGGCAAUCGAUCAUCAACCCCGACUGGGAUUUUGGCAAAAUGGGCAUCGGUGGCCUGGACAAGGAGUUCAACGCGAUAUUCAGACGCGCCUUCGCCUCCCGGGUCUUCCCCCCGGAGGUUGUGGAGCAACUGGGGUGCAAGCACGUGAAGGGUAUCCUGUUAUACGGCCCCCCCGGGACGGGGAAGACCCUGAUGGCGCGCCAGAUCGGCAAGAUGCUGAACGCGCGCGAGCCGAAGAUCGUGAAUGGGCCCCAGAUCCUGGACAAGUACGUGGGCGAAAGCGAGGCGAACAUACGGCGGCUGUUCGCUGACGCGGAGGAAGAGGAGAAGAGGUGCGGACCAAACAGCGGCCUCCAUAUAAUCAUCUUCGACGAAAUAGACGCCAUUUGCAAGGCGAGAGGCUCCGUGGGCGGAAACACUGGCGUGCACGAUACCGUCGUCAACCAACUGCUCUCCAAGAUAGAUGGCGUGGACCAGCUGAACAAUAUCCUGGUGAUCGGAAUGACGAACCGGCGCGACAUGAUCGACGAGGCGCUGCUGCGGCCCGGCAGGUUGGAGGUGCAGAUGGAGAUCGGGCUGCCCGACGAGAGCGGCCGCGUCCAGAUCCUCAAGAUCCACACGAAGCGGAUGCGCGAGUACAAGAAGAUCGCCGAGGACGUCGACCCGAAGGAGUUGGCGGCGCUGACGAAGAACUUCUCCGGCGCCGAGCUGGAGGGGCUGGUGCGCGCCGCCCAGUCGACGGCCAUGAACCGCCUCAUCAAGGCCUCCUCCAAGGUGGAGGUGGACCCCGAGGCCAUGGAGAAGCUCAUGGUGGAGCGCACCGACUUCCUGCACGCGCUCGAGAACGACAUCAAGCCGGCGUUCGGUACAGCCGCCGAAGCUUUGGAGCACUUCCUGUCUCGCGGAAUCAUCAACUGGGGCUCGCCAGUUUCCUCGUUGCUGGAGGACGGACAACUUUACAUCCAGCAAGCGAGGAUGACUGAAGCAAGCGGUCUAGUCUCGGUCCUUCUGGAGGGGCCACCCAACAGCGGCAAGACCGCCCUGGCUGCCGAAUUAGCGAAGAUGUCCGAUUUCCCGUUCGUGAAGGUCUGCUCGCCCGAAGACAUGGUCGGCUUCACCGAAUCCGCCAAGUGCUUGCAGAUCCGAAAGUACUUCGACGACGCGUACCGCUCCAGUCUGUCGUGCAUCCUCGUGGACAACAUUGAGCGACUGUUGGACUACGGUCCCAUCGGGCCGCGCUACUCCAACCUCACGCUUCAGGCGCUGCUCGUGCUACUAAAGAAGCAACCGCCUAAGGGCAGGAAGCUGCUCAUUCUGUGCACCAGCAGUCGCAGACAAGUAUUGGAGGACAUGGAAGUCCUGUCUGCCUUCACGGGCGUUCUCCACGUACCAAAUCUAUCGCAACCCGAACAUGUUAUGGCCGUGCUUGAAGAAAGUGAUGCAUUCAGCAAGAGAGAUCUGGCCAAGAUUCAAAACGACCUGAGGGGUGCCAAGAUAUUUAUCGGUAUUAAGAAGCUGCUGGCUCUGGUUGACAUGGUCAAACAGACCGACGAAGAAUCCCGCGUAUUCAAAUUCCUCACGAAGAUGCAGGAGGAGGGCGGUCUCGACCUCGGCACCACGAUACAA